GGUAUGGAUUAAUUGGCUUGAGUUUAAUACUGGCUCGAGUAGGGUAUGAACGAGUUGGUGGAAGUAAUUGUUUGGAGGGUUGGACAAGUAAUUGUUCGGAAAGUUGGGCAAGUAAUUUUUCGGAGGAGUUAAACUUUAUAAAUGCUUUAUUAUUUUUAUUGUGGAAUAAUAACCAUACAUGUCUAAAAACAUUAAAAUAUGGAAAAACUUCGGCAACUGUAUACUUGAGUAAUAGUGGGUGCAGUAAACAAUUUGAUAAAUAG